UCAGCGCACUCUCUUGAUCGCUUGUUUACUGAGUUCACGUACUGGUCGUUGAUUUUCCUGAGGCAUUUUUCUCUCACUAUGGCUUUUUUCUGCCCCAUGAGAAUUCCAAGAAGACGAAGGAAACGAUAUCGAGAUGAAGAACAAAAAGACACCACUCGAAAUGGAAAUGCCAAAGGAAGGAUCACAGGCAGCAAUAGUGUAGACUCUAUUGUGGAGCUUGGUAGAGAAGAAGAGGAUAACGAGAUCGAAUUUGAACCUCGGAAGAUGGUUGUGCUUCAUGAUUUUAUACCCUGCGUCGAAGAUGAGGUCGCUGUAAAGCGCGGCCAACAUGUCAAAGCUUUGUACCAAGAGACAGACUGGAUCUAUGUUAUAAUAAAUGAUGGAAAGGAAGGUUUCAUACCAUUUACGUAUUGCGUCCCAGAGGAGGACUACGAAAAGCGGAAAGAGAAACAAAAAGGGCUUCAUAGGAAUAAUUUUCGCAACGCUUCGUUCCUCGACUCGUUGCAUGUGCAAACAGAUAAUACACCGUCUUAUAAUUUUAAGAAAGAUGAUUUUGGUGAUUACAUGGUUAGAUUUGAGUUUAUUGCCUGCGAUGAGAACGAUAUUAAUGCCAAGAAAGGAGAAAGAGUUCGAGUUUUAAACAAAGAUGACAAGGAUUGGUAUUGGGUCUCAAAGAAGGAUGGUGUUGAAGGAUUUAUUCCCAAAGAUUUUCUUGUUCCGUUGGACGGACUCGAAAAAAGCGAUUUAAGUCCAUCAACAGUUCAAAAUCAUUUGAAUGGUAGCAGAAGAAUAUCUCAGACCCGAGUUUCACCAUUGUCAACUCAAGUUGGAAGCACUUACAGAAUAACAACCCCAGAUUCCAACAGGUCAACUAGCAGUACAAACUCAUCCUCAGAACCUUUGUUAAUCACUCCUUCUUCAAGCCGAAAUGGCUACAGUCCUGUCACUCCAAAUGAUCAGACAGAAGCAUACCACCAAUGUCGCAGCACUAAUGAGCUUUUACUUUAUGGACAAGAACUUGUCUGUACUGAUACCUACCUAGCCAGAAGAAUGGAUGAACUUACUGUGAAUAAAGGUGAUUGGAUUUAUGCUGACAUGAAGAUCAAAGAUGCAAGGGGCUGGAUUUGGGCAUAUUCACCUUCAAACAAGUUGCAGGGCUAUGUCCCAAAGUCAUGUGUAAGACCACCAGCAACCACUCCUCUUUGAUCAAAAUUCAGCUAGAAUUGAGUUUACGUAUCUCUAGUAUGGUCUGGGACCAUUUUAGACUAUUUUAGAGAGAAAUAGGGAAAGCUAUCAUUGUUGUGAAAUUAAAUGUUUUUUGGUGCAUAUGAUAUAUUAAGCAUAAUAUGUCAAGGGAUAAUGAAUAUUUUAUAAAAUAAUUUAAGGAAUUCAUUCAGAAGAGAUCCAUAAUUGAAACAUUCUAGAUAUUUGUCAAAAGUAAUUUAGAGCUUUUUCAUCCUUGUGUCAAGUCCUUCAUGUAGUUCACAUGAUGAGACAACUCUAACUUGAAGUGUAUCAUCACCAUCAUCUUGAGAUUAAUUGAGGCAUCCUUGAGUGUUUGACAGGGUGUAGUCUGUGUGAGUAGAGUUUGGAUAGUUUACUCCAAGAGACUAGUAUACUCUUGUGAAACUAGUUGUGAGGAUUUGUCACUAUGGAAUUAUUAACCGUGAGACUCGGUACCAAACAGUUGAAAUGUUAACCAAUAAAAGUCUCAAUAACCAGCCCUAUGGCGAUGAUUUUGGGACUUAUCUACCACCUAAUUCCUGUUCUCAUACUUCUUCAAGAAUUUGUGUUUAGUUAGAAGUAAUCAUGUGUCGAAGUGAUUCUCACCUUGAAUGAAGAUAAAGGCUGAUAGUUUCGAAAGAAACUGUUUGGGGCUGCGUCGGUGGGGGUAACGAAAUAAUUUGG